AGAGGCUACAGUCAGUUUCAAGGUCAUGAUGGGUUCCUGCGUCGGCUGCUUAUAUGUUUUUGUGAAUUCAUUUUCCAUUGAAUUUUAAAGGAUUUUUGGAUGUUUUGCUCAUUUUGCAGUGUGUAGGUCAGUUUUUGUCACUCGAUGCUACUACUAAGCUUAUUUUUAGCAUGAACUGCGAACUUAAGUUCCCAGUUAUUAUGUUGGUAGUUAAGGGAUUAUGGUAAACCUGAAAUCAUUAAGCUUAAUAACGUAUACUAUGCUGAUAUAGUAACAUCAUUUAAUAAGUAAACUGCCUAAUUGUUCUGCCAUUCUCUGACAUUAAAACUGUGCCCUGGUUUUUCAGCAUGAGUGGCACUAAAUCACUUUGUCUGUACCAAGUAAUACAAACUUCUGAAUAUCUAAGAACUAUAAAAAUAGCUUUAAAGAUUUUAUGUUUCUAGAAAAUAUCUCAUUAGAGUGGCUAAUUAGCUAAUUAUCUUAAGAUACUCCUCUGAUGUCCAGUACAUAUUUGAAAAAGGAGAUUGGUAUUUUUACAUUGUGAAGUAAGUUUUGCUUUUGUUGUUUAAACCACAUCAGAAUUUAUUCACUCAUACACAGGUCAAAAUCUGCUCGUCUAAACAUUUGGAAAGGGGAUACACAGGGGAUCCGGAACGCAGUAACUGCAAUUAUCUGGAUAGUUAUCUAAAUAGUUACGAAAUGGUAGUUCAUUGAUCUUUCAAUUUACAGUCUUAUUGACAAUAUUUACGAUACAACUCGAAGAACAUGUACUUGUGUACUGUUGUUUCUAUAAUCAAUACCCGUGUCAAAUUGUAUACUUCGUUAGUUUAAGCGGCAUUUGAAGGUGUUUAUUUUUAAAUGGAAAUAGCGGCUUAAUAAGAGGUAAAUGUGAAGGAUUAUGUAGGAUGUCGAAAUAAUAAAAACUGGAGGAGAAUAGGACGGAUGAUGAAACUUUCUUUUCUUAUAUAAUAAUAGUAGACUAAGUUAAAGUGUUUCUUGUAUAAUUUGCGUUCUACUUGUCUACAUUAUAUGCUUUUAUCUUUUAUGACACUGAAACCAGGCAAUAAAUACUACGACUGAUUAAUUGCGAUUUGAUAUUUCUACAGACAACUAGAGAUCAUCGUUUUUCUGUAGUCUUACUAAGAUGGAGGAGGAAAAAUCCGAUAAAAUAAAAAGCAUCCUAGACUUUUUCAGUACUCCAGUAAACGAAGAUGAACUACUCGAAGGGGAGGAGAGUAAACCUGAUGAAUUGUAUACACUUUGCGAUGAUCCUAUGCAAACACCAAUCAAGCUUAUCGAUGAACAGCUAAAAUUUGCUGAUCUUCAAACACUUCAGAAUCUUUUCAUUGAUAAUUCUGGAUUUCUUGUUGUUGGCGCUAUUGGUUUACAGGGGUCGGGGAAAUCAUCUAUUUUAAAUAUUUUGGCAAAUUAUAUUUCUGAUGACUGUUCCAUUUUUGAUGGUCCUUUUAAUAUCCAAAGUGUUGACCACAUAAUAAAUAACACUCCGUGUACUGGUGGUAUCGACUUAUAUAUCACUCAAGACCGUGUGAUACUCUUGGAUGUUCAGCCUCUUCUCUCAUUUGCACUUACAAAUUAUCAUAUUCAUAUGGCGACUUCUGCAGAAGCUUCAUCUACAUCUGGAAAUCAGACAGGAAAUUCAUCUUUUACAGGUCCUGGCAAUUGGAAAUUAGAAGUCUGGGCUGAAAUGGCAUCUAUGCAGAUAGUGGCAUUCUUGAUAAACGUGUGCCAUGUGGUACUCGUUGUCAGUGACAAUCUCAACACUGCAGCAAGUCAAUUACAUCCAUUUAUAGAUCGAGCAAUCAGUUUAAAACCUACUGUUUUUACACCGAAUGUGAUUCCAUUUCAUGCAAUGCAUAAUGAUGAUAAACAGUCGUCUAAUGUUGUGGUUGGUAAAAAGUCUGCUGCUAACAGUACUGUCCAGAAGUCUUCAGAAGUACAAAAUUUAACAACUGCAGUACAACAUUUGCGAAUUUCUCAUUCUAAUACUGUUACAAACGUAUCCGCCGUUAGUAAUGAGAAUGAUGACAUUAGCGAAUUAGAAGACGAUGUCGUGUCUUUAUCCGAACAAUAUCAUCAAGUUGGUGGUGAUGAUUUUCCUACAUCGAAUCCCUGUCUUCGACAGUAUCUUCAAUCACCUGAAGCUGAGUCUAAAGAUGUUUCAAAUAAAAUAAAUCGUUUGAUAAAUCUAACUGAUUAUUCGGCCUCACUAAUACACGUGUAUAAUCAGGCCCCGGCAGCCGCAUUUCUCAAUCCCGAUUUUUGCGCGAAACUAGAUCGAUACAGAAAUAAGAUACUCCCGCUUAUGUAUCCAGAGUAUAGAAGAUUAAUGUCAUUGGUUACCGCUGGUCCAAGGACAUUAUCAGCCUAUCUACAAUCAAGACGUCGUGACCAAUGUACUACUACUGCACAUCGAAAUAACCUUUUGAAUAAUGCUCCAACACUAAUUAACUCAGACGCUACUGGGAUCAAAUUGUCCACUAACCGUAUAGUUCCCGAUAAUUCCGUCGAUCAGUGCUUUUCAGGUUCUGCAGAUAAUUCAAAUGGUUCAAGGGAUGAUUCCCGGAAGAAUUCUGCCACAGUAACAUUAUCUGAAUGCCCUGAACCAUCAAUAACCCCCCAACCAGACAGAGAUCUUUUGUCCUCACAAAAACCUGAUGAUAUUGAAAAUGUCAAUCCUGAAAUGUUGUUAAUUUCGUCCGGAGUGAAAGAUGAAUCAAGUACUUAUUUUGCUCAAUGUCUCCCUCACGAGUCAGAAGUCAGGAGAAAUCCGAGAUUGUUACACCUGAAAAUUUUCAUGGAUAUACCACAUCGAAUAAUAAAAUUGGAUUCAUCCUCAUCAAAUAUAGUUUCUCAAUGUUGCAAUGUCUUGCGAAGUAUAGAAAAUGAACUGAAUUGUACUGGUAAUGAAGAGGACAGGCUAUCUUCGCCUGAUAAUCAUCAUCUCUCCACGAAAGAUGCUGAUAUAAAAAAGGAAGUGUCGGAAUUAUUGUCCUUUGAAGAUUAUGAUUUAACAAAGCAUAAUCUAUUGGAUAUUCCUGGGAUUAACGCUGAAACACUGAAUGUUAGUCUUAUGGAAAUGCAUCGUGAUGUAAACACUACCAGACGUGACUUUUUCAAUGUUCAAAGGAGACUAGAUAAACCACGGCUGUUCUUGAUACCAGAAGUAAAUAAUAAGGGCCAAACACCAACAGGAUGUCCAACCUACAUGACAUCUGCACGUAUUUUACAAGACGCUGUUUUCUCUACACCUCGACAGCAUAUGAUGCCAAAUUUAACUGAGAAAAAAUGGAUUACAUAUGCUCAUAAAAUGUGGGAUGCAGUUAUGAAUUCUCCAUUGUUGUUGGAUUAUCAUUCAGUGCUAAUGGACGAAUUAUAA